CAGUUCUUCCUAAAGUUUGUUUUAGAUUUGGCAAUUGUGUUCCCUCAUUAUCAGGGGCAAUAUUUGAAAUGCUGUCAAUGAUUUACAAAAACCAGCAUUAACGGGAACUCAACAUUUUGCUGCAAUCUCUCAGGACUUUAAGCUUUUAAAAAUCAUUUUGCAAUAGAAAAAAAUGAUGAAUGCGAACAAGAUUUGUGCGUUAUUUUCUCUUAUUUUUUGUUUUGUAAUUUUAAAUACUUUUGGGGCAAAAAUUGAAGACACAGAAAAGGUAUCACUCAGGAGAAGUAUCAGGAGCGCCUCACCAUCCCCCACAGAUUGUGACCUUGGUCAGUGGGCUGAAUGGUCAUCGUGUUUUCCUUGUGAAGGAAAAAAGUACAGGUACAGAAAUCUUAAGCAGCCGGCAAAAUUUAAAGGGCGAGUCUGCUCUGGCUAUCUAUGGGAUGUAAUCAUUUGCAAACCUACAGAAAAAUGUGUCCAAGACAAUAAAUGUGGGCUUGAUUUCCAGUGUGAGGAAACUGGACGUUGCAUUAAGAGACGGCUGGUGUGUAAUGGAGAACACGACUGCAGGGACGGCUCAGAUGAGGUUAAUUGCCAAUCAGAAGUUGAUGAAACGUUCUGCAUGCAAUUAUUCCCGAUUCCUGGGACUGAGAAAGCUGUACGAGGAUUUAAUAUACUCACUCAAGAAGAAACUCAGAAUGUAUUUGAUAGCAAUUACUUCGGAGGACAGUGUGAAUAUGUCUAUAACGGCGAGUGGAGAGAACUAAGAUAUGAUCCAGCGUGUGAGCAAAUGUAUUAUGCAGACGAUGAAAAAUAUUUUAGGAAACCCUACAAUUUCCACGUAUAUCAAUUUCUGGCUCAUGCUGACACCGGAAUGUCUUCUGAGAUUUUUGAUGAUACCAAAGAAUUACUUAAAGCCGUUAAACAGGGCAGUUCCUCUUCUUUUGGUUUCACUUUUGGAAUAAGUGCCGCAAAGUCACCAGUUGGAGUUGAAUUUGGAAUUGGCACUUCAAAGGCCCAAGAAUUCUUGAAAAAUAUAACAUCUUAUGAAGAAAAGAAUCUCAGCUUUCUAAGAAUUCUAACAAAAGUCCAAACAGCUCGGUUUAGAAUGAGAAGGAAAUCCAUUGUACUGGAUGAAGAUGUAUUGCAGUCACUAAUGGAACUUCCGGACCAGUACAACUAUGGCAUUUAUGCCAAAUUUCUUAAUGACUACGGCACUCAUUUUAUAACAUCUGGUACAAUGGGAGGAAAAUAUGAAAUGAUAUUUGUGCUUGAUAAAGAAAAGAUGGCAAGAAACGAGGUGACCGCUACAAUGGUGGAAAACUGUUUAAAAUUAUCUCUGGGAAUCUCGCUUAAGUUAGAGGAUAUUCCUGUUGAACCAAAAGUUGCAGUGGAAACCAAUAAUUGUAAGAAGAAGGAAAAUGAGUUUGAAAAACCAAUUACAGGUGGAGGCAUAAUCAAUAAUGUGCUUUCACUUGUAACCGGGGGGGACACUGGAUCUACUGAGGGAUUAUCUAAUGUGUAUACUGAAGAUACCUAUCGUUUCUGGGGUCGGUCCCUAAAGUACAAUCCUGCAGUAAUCGAUUUUGAGUACCAACCAAUAUAUGAAAUAUUAGCACAAACAGAUCUCACUGGGAUGGAGAAAAAAAGAGAAAAUCUGAAGAAAGCUUUGGAUGAAUUUCUUAAUGAGUUCAAUUCGUGUCGCUGUGGCCCCUGUCAGUACAGUGGAGUGCCGAUUCUGAACUUUAACGAGUGCAGCUGCAAGUGCUCAGGCGGGUUUGAAGGCAAUGCUUGUGAAAAGACCUUACGGCAAGGUGCACCAGGUGAUGGUUAUUGGAGUUGUUGGUCUUCAUGGACGAGUUGCCAGUCAGGAAAACGUCAACGAACAAGAGAAUGUAACAAUCCCCCUCCCAAAAAUGGUGGUGCACCGUGUGUGGGCAGAAGCGUACACACCGAAUACUGCUAAAAAUCUACUUUUAUUUUAUAUUUACUUUUACAUUUCUUGAGAAGAAGAUAUGGAGCUGUGCAUAUUGUGUCAAAACUAAAUAAAACAUAACUAAAGACUGUUUUUGUACAAUAUGAAGUAGGAAAUAUGUUCUGCAAUGUUGUUUCAUUUCUUCUGUCAAAUCUUCUACUAUAGAAAGGCAGUUUUAUUUUUCUUCUUAAUCAUUUUCCAUAAAUACAUGAUUUAUUUUUUUGUUUUUGUAACUCAUUAUAAGGGCAUUCAAAAUAAAAGUAACACAAAUUUU